AUGUUCAGCCAGUACUACCUCGGGGUCCCGUCGGCGGCUCCCCAUCGCGCGCCCAAGCUGAGCCACAAGAAGUCUCGCUAUGGGUGCCAGCGGUGCCGGCAGCGGAGAGUCAAGUGCAACGAAGCCAAGCCCGUCUGCGACAACUGCGAGCGGCAUCGCGCGACCUGCUUCUACGACCGCGUCCCGCCCCAGGAGCGCUGCAUGGUGCCCGCCGCGCCCUUCCCCAAAGGCACCGCCGAGGCGCGCGUCGCCGCCGCCAUGGCCCGGCCCGAGGACGCCGUCGCCGAGCCCGACGACCCGCCCGAGACGCGCGAGCGCCGCAUGAUCGAGGUGCGCCUCAUGCACAAGUAUGUGACGGAGACGGGCGAGACGGUCGCCAUCGACGACAAGACGCGCUUCAUGUACGCAACCCUCGUGCCCAAGCUGGCCCUCGGCUCCGACGCCCUGCUCUACUGCAUGAACUCGCUCGCCGCCCUGCAUAUCGCCGUCUCCUCCGGCGAUGACCGGGAGCCCGCCGCCGUCGACGCCCACCGCAAGUACCUCUCAAUGGCCCUGCGCGAGCACAACAAGGCCCUCGCCAACAUCUCCGAGGCCAACGCCGACAUCGUCUGCCUCACCUCGUCGCUCUUCCGCGUCUGCUCUUUCACGCUGCUGCAGGAGCGACCUCGCGUCCCCUACGAACCCCCCGUCGAGUGGCUCAUGAUGAACGCCAGCACAUCGGCCGUCGUCCGCGCCGCCUACAAGCUCGUCGGCCAGGACACGCAGUCCGUCGCGUACCGCAUGCUGCACACGAGUCCCAUCAUCAACAACCUCGAGGAACGCUUCGGCGAGGCGCGACGGCGCGGACUCGAGCACAUUAUUGCCCGGGAGCCACUCGGCCGCGACGCUGACGAACCCUGGGACGACGAGAUCCAGGACGCAUACGAGACGACCCUGAGCUACCUCGGAGGUGCCGUCGAGGCCGCGCGCGCCGGCGAGGAGCACGAGGUCUGCCGCCGCCUCAUCAUAUUCCCCAUGCUCGUCAAGGGUCGCUUCAUCGAGCUGGUACAGGAGGGCCACCCCCGCGCCAUCGUCCUGCUGUCAUUUUAUUUCGCGCUGCUGUCCCGCUACCGACACAUUUGGUGGAUCGGCGACGCAGGGACUCAAGAAGUGCGAGCCAUGGCCGCGGCGCUGACAGGAGACUGGCUGGCCAUGAUCCGUUGGCCUCUCGAGGUCGUCAAGACGGGCAAGAUUCCACCGCUGCCAACAGACAACGGGUGA